AUGAACGCUGGUGCAUUGACACAAUUGGUUGCGCAGUCUUCUGGGCGCGUUCAUCAGGCUGAGAUGGACAUUACCGAUGACCGAAGCAUCGCGUCGGCAGCUGCGACCGUCGGAAAGGUCUUGGCUGGUUGGGGACUCAAUGUCCUAGUCAGACUGACUUGGACUCCACCUUUUCGCACUAAUGUGACCAGCGCUCAUAUGGUUAUGAGUGCCUUCUUGGCAUUAUCAAAACAUGGUACUCUGAAGAAGGUGAUCAACAUAUUCUCCACCUUUGGUUCCAUCGCCAGGGCGUCGAGAUCUUCUUUUGCCAGAGAGGGUUUCAUCUUCAUGAUCAUCUCGCCUGGUUGGGUAAAAACAGAUCUUGGAGGCAACAAUGUCGAAUUGACGCCCGAGCAGAGCGCCACCGCCGUAUUGGUUCCCAUUUCUUCUGCUACAAGCGCCUACAACAGCAAAUUCUAUGAUACCUAUGUAGAUGGCUUGGACUUUCACGACGGUUCAGAGGUGCCAUGGCAGCUACCAGGUAGUUUUGGUGCCUGA